CGCUGUGGCGGUUAAAAGACUGACGGAAUAGGGCCGGUGCUCAGACCCGUCGCUAGCUAUUGUGCUCAGAGGGGCCGACAAAGUGGGUGACCUGUCCUGUACUUGCCGACAAGUUUAGAAAUUUGCCGACAAAAGAACCCCUAGAUGGCAAAUACUCCUCGCUUUUGCAAUGGAAAUUACAGGGGAAUGUCACGACUCACCUGCGUCCGGUGAUCAAAAAGCGACGGGCCUGCCGGUGCUCAAAAUGCUAAAAUACUGAAAGUUUGGAACAAAUAGUGGCGCUAUUUUUGCAAGUAUGAACAAAUUUGUUCUGCUUGUUUUUCCAAGUAUAAACAAAUUUUGAAAUGUUUUUGGAAACAGAUUAGAUAAUUCGACGAGGCCAAGGUUAAAGCUCACUAGUCCGGAUAAAUGUAAUGAUAUCAAGUCCUCAAGAUUGCAAAAUUGUUUCCUAGCAUUCACUUAAAUAGUGAAAAAUUGCAGUUAUCAUCGCUAAAGUUCCCUCCUUUUAUCAAUUGCGAAUCUGCUAGCGAGAGUGCUUCGGAAGCCAAGAGAAGAGACUUCCGCAGUCCGCACCGAAGUUAACGCAAAUUGUUGCCAUGGUAAACAUUCUUUACUCUGAAGUCAAUUCCAUUCAAUUCAAUUCAAGAAAAAUAUGUAAAAUGGCGGCUGGAUGAAAAUUGGAUUUUUCACUAUACGGCGACUUUCGCGUGAUCUUGCUUUUAGUCUCAUUUAUUAAGCACUCUUGCCAGUUUAAGCGAUGUAAAUUAUACAGGUGCUGACAACUGAUGCAUUUAGAAAGAAUCGUUUAUAGAUUUAUUCAAUAAUACAACCAACAGUUCUCGCUCCACAAGCAAUGUUACCGCAAGAUGGAUGACAAAUCUUUGAAUUUUGAAAGGAAGAGAGAGAAAGAUGCUGCUGAAACAAUCGAGAGAUGUUGGUGCUCUUACAGAGAUCACCAAAUGUUUAAACUCCUCAAGUAUGCUAUCUGUGCUGCAGAGCACUCUUUGACAUUUGAAGUCUUAAGAAAAAUUUCACCAGCAGAGGCUGACUUACUACAGGAUCCUGUUUUUCAACCAAAGGUGAAAUUUAGGUUUGCAGGUUGUGACUUCCCUCCAUACAUAGUUUUCAAAGUUUACAUGCAAAGUUCUGGCAAAGGCUUGAAAUAUAUCAGUGGAAAGCGAGCUAUAAGACCAGCUUCUGAGGCUGCUGCAGAUGCAUGUAGGCAAAUGGGAAAUCGUAAGUUUUAUGAUCUGAUGCUACAAGAUUUUUGCCAGAGUAAACAAGAUAAGAUAACCGAUGAGUUGGAUGUGACAAAUCUCAAAGAGUAUAUGCAGUAUUUAAAAAACACUGACGAACUUCCAGCAAGCCUAGGAGGAAAAGACAAUUCAUGGAGAAAAUUAUCUUUAGAAGCCUUGCCACGACAAAACAUAAUGUACGACAUUAUGACAUUCGUAACCAGCGGUUAUGCCUCACCAAGACUUACUUCAGAGAUGCCACAUUUUGUUGCCACUAGACCGAAAACACAAGAAACUCAGCUAGAAAUGUUGCACAUGAUAUCCAGUUCAAGGAGCAAGUCAGUAGUAAAAGAAAAACUGUCUGGAAGGAGAACCAAGAAAGCAAGAGAGCGUGUUGCGAAAAUGAGGAAGAUGUACGGAAUAGAUGGCAAAGAAACACCCGAACAUCAGUCAACGGUGUAUGAUUCUGCUGGCGUCAAGGUUAACGAGAAGUUGCAGUUGGUGGAGGAAGAUGAUGACGUCAUUCUUGGUGAUAAUGAAGACCUCGAAGACAAUUGGGAAGGGGAAGGAAAAUCGUUGUACGAAUGGUCACAAAAUCUGUCUCUUGAAAAUGCAAGUUUCAUGAGCCCCUAAGGCAAAAGUUUGAAAAUAAAGAACAGAUUAACUUAUUUUAAUAUACUUGUAUUUGCUAUCAAUAUUGACUAUGAUUAUUGUAAAGAAUACAAAAGAAUUACUGUGAUGUGCUUA